AUGCCUAUCUCAAUCUUUCUUACGGCUGGUCUUCUUGCUUUUCAGGUAAAUGCAUUGCCCGAGCGGGAUACCCCUUCGAUACUGCGUCGCGCGUGUCCCGACUACACUACCUACGCCUCGACGCAACAUGGUCCUUAUAGUGGAGGCCCUUUGAAUCUUCCAUACCAACGUCCCGCGGAGGCAUGUCGCACAUUCUCGUCUGAUUCUGUCGAGCAGGUCAUUGAGGAUGUGACCUCGCGUCUGGUGGACAAGGACCUUGCGCAGCUCUUCCGCAAUGCCUACCCCAACACGCUUGACACCACCAUCCGAUGGCAUGUGAAUGGCAGCAGUUCAACUGCAACACGUCGAAAUCUUGACAAGCGCGAUACUUCGGAUUGGACUGGCCUGCAGACCUUCAUCGUGACAGGCGACAUUAAUGCAGAGUGGCUCCGUGAUUCUACGAAUCAGGUCAUGAAUUACCAGAAGCUUGCGUCGCAUGAUAAGGGCCUACAUGACUUGAUUCUUGGCGCAAUUCGCACUCAGGCCGAAUUCGUCAUCCGAUCGCCCUUCUGCAACGCGUACCAGGCACCAUCCGUUAGCGGCAUCAAGCCCGAGAAUAAUACCCAAGUCGACACUGUACACCCGGCAUACGAGAAGUCGUUUGUCUAUGAGUGCAAGUAUGAGCUUGACUCCUUAGCUCACUUUCUCAAGAUGGGUAGAGAGUUCCAUGAGAACACCGGCUCGACUGAGUUCCUGACGGAUCGUUGGUUCAAGGCGCUGCAGACUGUCCUCAGCGUGAUUGACGCAGAGUCUCAACCUACUUUCAACUCGAAUAACCAGUUUGUUCAGAACCAGUAUACCUUCCAGCGACUGACUACUCUUGGAACCGAGACCUUGACAUUGUCGGGUGUUGGUAACCCACUCAACAGUGCAACUGGUCUCAUCCGCAGCGCCUUCCGGCCCAGUGACGACGCCAGUAUUUUUGGAUAUUUUAUUCCUCCGAAUGCCAUGAUGUCUGUUGAGCUGCAGGGUAUUGCCAAGGUUCUUCAGGCGGCAGGUGGUCAUGACAGCCUAGCCUCAGAGCUAAAAGACCGUGGCGAGAAGUUGGCGGCAGCUGUCCGUGAGCACGGUAUAGUCACCAAUGGCAAGUAUGGGGAGGUUUAUGCCUUCGAGGUUGAUGGCUACGGAUCGCGGACCAUCAUGGAUGAUGCCAAUGUUCCUUCUCUUCUGUCCUUGCCUUACCUGGGCUUCCUCGACCAGACUGACGAAGUCUACCAAAAUACUCGCAAAAUGAUUACCGAUAAACUCGGCAACCCGUACUAUCUGGAGGGGCCCGCUUUCCAUGGCAUCGGUGGUCCCCAUAUUGGUCUCACAAACGCCUGGCCCAUGUCGCUGCUCAUCCAGGCUCAGACUUCUGACAACGAGACUGAGAUCAUGGAAUGUAUUAACCUCGUUCGGGACUCGAGCUUGCUUGGUCUCAUCCACGAGUCUAUAAAUGUUACUAAUAUUAAAGACUACACUCGCCCGUGGUUCUCAUGGGCUAACUCUGUGUUUGGUCAGACCAUUCUGAAGGUUGCUGCUGAGAGGCCUCAUUUGAUCUUUGGGAAGGGCGCUGAGCCCUAUACCGUUGCUUAG